AUGGAGGACCAAGAAAACGAGUCCCGAGAAACCAAUAAAUGCUGCAAGAGCGAUGGCAAUACAUUUUCAAACACACCGCAUUUAACGAAAUCUGCACAAUUUUGGACUACGUACCAGAAGGUGAAGUCAAAUCUUGUCCUGUUUUAUUAUGCAAAUGAUCUGAGAUCACACCACCAACUGGCUCCUUACGUUACAAUAAGCUAA